AUGUUACACUUUUUAGGAAUUGAGGAGGUGGAGUCACGCGUGGACUCUGCUCGCCCAGGAGAGAUUGAGAGAGCUGUCAACGAAAUCGUCGACGAUCUAAACGCUCUGGAGAUUCCCAUCGGAGGAUUCUUUGAAGAUGUUGAAGAGUUAAAAGCGAAUAAUCAUCCAGAAGCAAACGACUUUUACCGACAUUCUUCCAGAGUAUACGGUCUACAUCAGCGUCGUACUGCCUACUUGGAUCGUCUCACUAAUCAACUGCUCGUUCGCCUUGGCGUUCGCACCGAAACAUUGAGGAAGGAAAAUGCUGCUCGACUGGAAUCUGUCCGAACUUCAACUUUCAGUAGAGUACAAGAAUGUAUCGAAUGGGUGCGAGUUCGACUGGUGAGCGUAUUCUCGUUUAUCGCCGAUUUCAAGGCAUUUGAAAUGCCGGAUACCUUUGGGGGAGAAGAAUGUGAAAAGACAAUUACGCGCGUGAGUAGUCUGCGACAUUUUCCCUUGCAAACAAGUCCUGAUUUUCAGGAAAAACUCUCCGAAAUGGAGUUUCUGGAAGAUCUUGAAACAUUGGAGGAGAUGUUCGAGCAGCAUAAGCUAGAUAACAGGGACAUACAGGACUUCCGCCAAAAUGUUGAUGAAUGCAUCGCACGUCAGCCUAAUUUCCCUCAAAUUCGUCUUAUUUCGAAUUUCCAGGCUGAGGUCUCCGCCGAAGAUACCUACGAGUACUGCGAACUUUUACGUGUCCUGGAAUCCGAGUAUCAACAGCUGCGGGAUUUGUCUGCAGGCAGAAUGCUUGACUUGGUCAUAUUCUGA